AUGUCAAAAGGCUGAGCAUUGUCGAGAACUGGCGCCUGUUGUUCUGCAGGCGGGGAUGUCGCCAACGUGAAGAUCAUCUGCUUGGCAUUCCCCUCUCCGGCUUGCAACGAGAAAAAGAAAGCUAAUAUCGAAGAAAAGAGGGAAAAUAUUUCAGCUGGGAUCAGAUAGAGUAGAACCCCACUGACCCGUACAUCAUGUCUUUCGGUUUCUCGAUCGGUGAUAUUCUCAUGCUGAGUAGGAUCGCGUACGACCUGUACACGAGCAUCAGCGCGGGUAGAAAAGCAGCCUCGCGAGAUCUUCGAGAAUUGGAAGAUGUCCUGUUCAGUCUGCGAUGUUCACUGGAGCACCUUGGAGACGUUUCCAAAGAUGUUCUGGCGAGGACGGCUACCCAGCAUGGCGGACCGGAUUUCAAAGCGAAUCUCAACCGCAUGAUAGCGUCUUGCGGGACGACUUUGCAAGAGCUAGACGAUAUGACGAAGAAGUAUAGAGAGAUUGGGAUAGAUAAAGACCUUCCACAGGGUUCGAUUAAUGCAGCAGUGAAGAAAACGCUGGAUUAUAGGAUUCAGCGCAUGAAAGUGAAUUGGAAGAAGAUUAGGUGGGACCAAGAGAAGCAGUCGUUGCAGUCGUAUCGGGAGAAGCUUAAGACGCAUACCGAUGCAAUCAAUCUCAUAUUAACUUCAAUGGUCUGGUCCAACACCACCAAGGCCGAAGAAAGUAGCAAUGUGAACCACAACCAGACGCACUCACUACUAAACAAAGUUUUGGAGAGCCCACAAUUCGAUGCUUCCAUGCUCCAGAUGCUGAAGGAGAUACAUAAUCAUAUCACGCAACCGAAACCCGAGUCCCAUGUUGAGUUUGCGAAAAAGGUUCCUCCAACUCCCGGCUUCGGGACAGCUUCAGUGAAACCCAAGCCCUCACCUUGGAUAGCGAAACCCCAGUUUUCUUUUAGUCCAGCCAUAGCUUCACCAGCGAUGCCAUCAUUUGGACCUGCAUGGGCAAUGGGAGGAGGAAGGACUGCUGGAGGACCAAUUGGUGGUGGGGCGAUGCUAGCAGGCUUCACGGGAGGGUCUUCGAACGCAGUGCACGCAAAUCACUUUGCAGGCUUCGCCAUCUCUCCGGGUCCUAUGGUACCAUUUGAACAGGAUGUUGGUGAUGAUGAAAUGGGUGCAUCUGUCUUCGCGGUCGAGUCAAACAUCGAAGAAGAGGGCAUCCCUGAGCCAACUGACGAUAUCAUAACGUACAGAGGCCAACCUGAGAUUCAGGAGUACCGAGUAAUGUAUUCCAAAAUGCCUCGACCUGCACCACCCGCACCGCGGGCAAUUACACCUCCCCAGGCACCUGAACUAGAUCCUUCAAUCGUGACGCUGAACCAAUUGCGUCAAGUUGUCGCCAAGAAAGAAACAGAAGCAUUCAAGAAGAAACACACCAAAGUCGCGAAGCCAUCAUUCCUUACAGUCGCUGCGCCCAGCAUCCCACAAUUGAAUUCUGGCCUACAAUAUCUCUUCCAACCAGCCUCCGAAAUCAGGACAGGUCGAAACAAGGCAGACGCAGAGUGGGACCACGAUGUUCUUCGAUGGAUGGAAGGGUUCAACCAGUUCGUCAGAGGCGGUGCGAAAGAUCCAGUUGUGAUCGAUCUGCUUGUUGCGCUGAAUAAAGCAAUGGAGCAAUGCUCGUCGAGGAGGAAAGCUAUGUUUUAUGGCGCAGCUGAUCGGGUGGAUUUCAUGGAUCAUCUGGACACACUGCAGGAUAAUACAAAGUCUGUGAGGGUCAUGAAGGAGAUUGAAGAGUUUCAAGAUGUGAGAGAUGACUGGGAGGAUGAGCGGAGGUGAUGAAAUUAAUUGUAUCGGCGGAAAUGAUCGU